UCCGAGGCCACGAAAGUCUUUCCCCAAAAGUGACUCGCGGAAGAAAUUUUUUUAAAGAGUGAAAAAAUCAAUUAAGGAAUGGCAGACUUUGACAUUAAGAUGACUGAAGAGGAACGAGAUUCUGACCAGCGUUACCCGUUUUCACGAUGCAGUUCAACUGGCUCGAUCCAUACCCUCACUUCUUCAGCUAACAACACAGACGUUACGGACGACGAGGACAGCGACCGGGGCAACCAGAUGAGCUACAAGGAGAGGCGCCGGGAAGCCCACACCCAGGCGGAACAGAAGAGGCGGAACGCGAUAAAUAAGGGGUACGACUCGCUCCAGGAUCUGGUCCCGACGUGCCAGAACUCGGAGCAAGGCCAGGGGUACAAGAUGUCGAAGGCAACGGUACUGCAGAAGAGUAUUGACUAUAUACAGUUUUUGAAGAAGGAAAAAGCCCAGCAAGAGAAAGAGGUUGCAGCAUUGCAGAAGGAGGUUGUGGCCCUGACGAUCAUGAAGUUGAACUACGAGCAGAUAGUCUCGGCCCACCAGAGCCAGCCCGGCCAGCUGAACAAGCAGAUCUCCGAUGACGUUAAAUUCCAAGUGUUCCGUGCAGUGAUGGAUUCCCUCCACCAGACCUUUGACCAGUGCGUAGCCACCAACAACUUUGCAGAAAUCUCCGGCUCGGUUAUAUCGUGGGUUGAAGAACACUGUAAACCUCAGAUUCUGCGCGAAAUUAUGUGCGGAGUUCUUCAGCAGCUCGGUACACAUGAAGCAGCUUUCAUGAACUGAUGCUAAUCUUACAACCACUUCAAGAUAUUGUAAGCAAAUUAUCUGGUCUUGAAGACCAGGAAGGGAGUAUUAUACAAGCACUUUUUUCCAGUGGACCUUCAUAGGGACAUGCAUGUAGUGACUGGUAACAUCAUUGAGGCUUUUGGUAAAUUAUCCAGGCAAACCACAGCAAAAUAAGUUCACAGCUUUGUACCAUGGUCCUAAAACUUUACUAAAUUGAUUAACCCGUGGGAUGACAGACAAAUCUCCAGCUGUGGAAUGUCGAGAGUGUAACUAUAUAUAUAUAUAGUUAAAGCUGUAGAUUUCUACAUAUAAAGGGGCACUUCACAGUCGGCAAAUACUCAUCUGUUCAAGAUGAGUAUGAUAGCCUUAUUUGAAACUUCAACAAUUAGGCUGGUACUGUAGUGCAUCCAGAGACCUGAGGACACAAAAUUCAGAAAAAAAUCCACUCUAGUAACUUUUAAAGAAGGUAAAAAUAUUUUGUGAUGCAGAUUUUUUUUAUCCACAGUUGAAACACCUCAGUCCCUGGUCUCUUUCAGUCUGGUUUGAAGAUUGGUUGUGAACUGGGAAACAUGAAAAGGGGAAAAAAAUAGUGAUGGAGGAAAAGAGGAUGAAGGAAACCGAAGCAUUCCUGUUUGUUUAAAUCUUCACACCAGACCGUAAAGGUCCAGAAAAAAUUAGCAUAUACAUAGACAGAUACAUAUAUACAUGAAUGUCUAUAUGUGUGUGUGGAUAUGUAUAUAAAUAUUCUCUUGUGCAAUUAUUAAUGUCAAUACUACUUGUAGUGGAGGAAACAACUUUACUCGAGUAAAUUGUUGCAUACAGCAAUUAUGUUUGAGAGUUGGAUGAUUUUAAAGACACAGCACAAUGCAGGAAAACCUGCUAUUCACAGAAGGAUUUAUUUGAAGAUGGAGCACCUCCUUUGAAAUCCAGUUCAUCUUCAGGUGUGAUUAUGCAUAGAAAUGUGCUCCUUGACAUAAUGGAAACUCAGUGUUGGUUUCCUCUGGAUAUUGCAUUUUUGUUAAUAUGUUUUGUUGUUUUCUUAAUAGUUAUGAUAUAAUAGAUGUCUCAGAAGCUAGGAUGGUGUAGGAUGAUGAUAUAUUGAAUGAUUAUUGUACUGUAUUUUAACAGAUACCAUUUGUUUGACUGUACUUCUUUUUAGCUUCAAUUAUAAAGCAUCUUUUACUAUAUAUCUUGAAAUGGAAGUUUAACCAGCAGAAAAAAGACUUAAGAAGAUAUUUUACUCUAUUUUUAUAUACAGGGCACUUUGGUAUGUAGAUAUUACUUGGUGUAUGUACAUAGUGUGUUGGAGUGUUAGUUCUAUUCAGAUGCAGUUUAAAAAGUGGGGCACAUGUCUGGCAUUAUGACCUGGUUUGUCUCUUUCAUCUGACAGCAUUUAUUGCUUGUGUUCUGAAGGGAUGCUUUGUGUCUGAGAUAGAAUUGGGUCAGAUCCAACUAUGAAAGUCUAUCCACUGCAGAGUUUAAUGUUGAGUUAUUUGACUAAUAUUUACUUUACAUAUAUAUGUAUUAUGUGUGUACACACACACACACACACACACACACACACACACACACACACACACACACACACACACACACACACACACACACACACACACACACACACACACACACACACAC